AUGCCCCAGCUACCAUCGAGCUUUGCCUCUGCCGCUGCCGGCCAGAACCGUGACUCCAGAGGCACCGGCCGAAGCGAUUUGGGCCGCGGCUCUGGAAGUGGUGAAUGGCCUCGCUCCAACGGCACCAGAACAUUUCGCCGCUCCUCGACCACUCCCUUCAAUCAGUCUGCCACUGCCAGCACGACCGACGUGUCGCAGACCUCGGCCCCGACGACUUCUGCAGCCACCACGACUACCUCUACCACUGCCACAACCGACCUCCCUGCUCAGACCACACAAUCCCAGAGCCAGACCACCGCAGCCGAUUCCAACGGCCCGCGGUAUACUCGAGAGGAGCUGCUGGAUAUCUAUCGCAACCACGUCGAGAGUGCCCCUCCGCAAACUGACACGACGAGUCUUUUCAUGCCAAAUUGGAAUCCAAACCAGGUCAACGGUAGCGCCACUGGCGCCAGCCAGCCUCGAGCAUGGGGUAAAGCCGCUGAUUCAGGCCCCGUGCCCCAGGACCCGACUGUUUGUUGGGACUCCAAUGGCACCGUCAAACCCAUCAGUCUUGAGGCCAUGUCGCCUGAGGAGCGUGAGAUCUUUGCUACCGACGUGAAUUCGACCUUGAAACCGCCCCAGCAAAAGAAUCAACAGAACCAGCAAGACGGUAAUCCGGCUAAUGGUCGCAAGGCUUCGGUUAGCCUGGGCAGUAAUGCCAACUACCAAAUCUCGUCACCCUCGACUGCUUCCCGUCCAAAUACCCGUCGUCGCGAGACUGCCGACACCAAUCCCUUUCCUACCAGCUCGACUGCCUCGCCGACUGCUAGCCGCUUUGCUCGAGAUGAACCGUGGAUUCGCCGCGGUACUGACUUGAAGGAGUCCAUUACGGAUGAGCCCGAGGAGGAUGCCAGCGCGCAGGCCACCACACCGGCUCGAAAUCAGCCGUUCAGUGCCCUGCGCAGCAACACUACGGGUGGCACGCCGGCGUUUGGCGGUGGGUCUGCUUCACUCUGGGGUACGACUGGCGCUUUUGGUAGUUUUGCUCUGCCGACUCCUGUCCUUGGGGACAAGCGUUUCGGCGCUGGCGGCAGUCGUCUUGCUCACCUGAUCCCGAAGGACUCGUCUGAUAAUACGGUCUCGGCUGCUACGACAAAGUCCAGCGAUGCUCCGACCUGGCGUCCCCGUCCUCGUACCGACACGGAUCCCUUUUCCGCUGACGACGCCCCUCCUACGGCUAGCGCUUUGCUGGGCGGUAGUCGCAGUAACAGCCCCCCUCAUACUGCGGCUGCUCCGGCUCAGCGUAACGUCUUCGACACUCCCGUUAAGGGCGGCAGUGCCGGUGACUUUGGCAUGUCAGCCCUGAGCCUAGGUGGUGCUGGUGAUGCCAAUGGCCCCAUCAGCCCGUCUGAGACGAACCCCUAUCGCAGCCCCAUUGCUGAUCGCGGUGAGAACCCAGGCGACCUUGACGACAAACUCGGCCAACCUGCUUCUAGUACCGACCAGCCGUCUGGGUUUGGCGCUCUCCCUCGCUCGUUCGGUGCUUCCGCAUUCGACGCCACUGAUAGGAGCCAGACAUCUAGCGUUGGUGCUAAGGGCUUCGGCGGUGUCCAUCCGUUGUCGGGCUGGCCUGCCGGUCCGGUUUUGAGCACUCCAGACCGCGAGCGCGCCCCGUUCCAGAGCGCCUUUGGUAACAAUAUCUUUAGUCCUCUGAACGAACUAUCAUCUCCUAGCCUAGGCGGUCUUGGCGGCGUGUUUGGCGCUCCCGGCGCAUCGCGACUCGGCCGUAGUGGCAGCAAGCUCGAGUCUCUCUUCCCGCCUGCCAUGCAAGCUCAAAUGCAUGGCCAUGACCAGGACGGUACUCAUGGCCUCAGUGGCGAUUCUGCGUCUGACUUGCGCCAGCCCAACCCUCUUGGUGCCAUCGGUCGUGGCCCCAUUGGCGUUCAACCCCGCGACACUGGCAGCCCUGGGCGCUCUGUCCGCAGCGGUUUCGACGACGUCUACCAGGGCUCAACUGCCGAACAAGGCCAGCCUGGUCUCACCUCGACGGCCUCUCAGCCCCAGUCCUUCACCACAACUUCCGGUACCUCGUUCCCGUCUGGCCAGUCUACUGCUGAGCCGACUCCCGUCCGGACCAUGGUCAUGCCCGACCGCAUGCGUUGGGUUUACCUGGAUCCUCAGGGCUGCGUCCAGGGCCCGUUCAGCGGUUUGGAGAUGCACGACUGGUACAAGGCCAACUUCUUUACGCCAGACCUGCGCGUCAAGCGUGUUGAGGAUCCCAAUUUUGAACCCCUCGGUCAGUUGAUUCGCCGCAUCGGUAACUCUCGCGAGCCCUUCCUUGUUCCUCAGAUGGGUAUCCCGCACGGCCCGCCGCCGGCUCCUGGCCCCUUCUCAAACGAGGCCGUGCCCCCUCUUCAGAGCGCGUUCCCGUCCUUUGGUCGCACGCUUACUGCCCAACAGCAGAACGAGCUAGAACGUCGCAAGCAGGAAGAGCAGAUGUUCCAUGCCCGCCAGCGCGAGUUGGCCGCUCACCACGCGGCGUUUGGCCGUCUCCCUCCUUUCCAGCCCGGCAUCCCUGGUUUGCACCAUCAGUCGAGCAUGCACAGCCUUCAAAGCCAACCUAGCUUCGGCAACUUGACGAACCCUUUGGGCAUGGGCGGUCCUCAGCUCCCCCUUGGCCCCAUCGGACCCGCCGGUGGCUUCUUCGACAGCGCCAUGGGUCAAGCUCCCGCACCGGGCCCCAUUGGCCCAUCUGAUAUCUUUUCUCCCGAUUUGAACUUUAACGAGAGGCAGAUGCUGGCGAGCAUGCAGGGUCUAGGCGGCAUGCCUGGCAUGUUCCCGGCCACGAGUGCCUCCACUGCAUCUCAGGCUGUGGGUGCUCCGGCCACAACAGGUGAGAUUAGCUCUCUGCGCGCCAAUCUCCCCAGUAUCGAUCAGCUUCAGAAGGACGAGGAAGGUUUCAGUGAACGGCUAAAGGAAUUCCAUCGCUUGCGUGCUCAGUUCGAUGCCGAAGAGGCCGCUGCUGAAGCUGCUGCCGCCGCCGCCGCCGCUGCGGCGCCGACCGGCACGACCCCCGCCGCCCCGGGCGCCUCUGUCCCCCGGCCGAUCGCCCCUAUUGCUGCUCCUACCGAGGUGAAGGAGGAAGCUCCGUCUCCCAAGGAAGAGCCGGCUCCUCAGCCCCAACCUCCGACCGCUAAGGAGGCUGCCCCUCAGCCUGAGCCGACCACGACCGCGACUCCUGCAUCGGCCACUACUGCUCCUGCGACUGCUACGUCAUCCAAAAAGUCUGCCCAGCCCUCUGAGCCAACCCUCACCGAGAAGGUACGCAAGACUCAGGCCGAGAAUGCCAAGUCUCAGCAGUCGCAGGCUUCCGACCUUCCCAAGCCCUUCCCGCCGCCGAUCCAGCCGACUCCUCAGCGUCCGGCCUCGAACUUUGCUGCUCGCCUCGGCGAGCGUUCUGCUACCGGCACUCCCGAUACCACUCCUGAUACUCCUGCUCUUGCUCCUCCCCCCACAGCUCCGUGGGCCCCUCAGCCUGGCCAGGAGCCGCCUAAAGGCCCCAGCCUGAAGGAGAUUCAAGAGGCCGAGGCUCGCAAGGCUGCUAAGAAGGAAGAGGCUGCUGCUGCUGCUCGCCGUGCUGCUCUUGAGCAGGAGGCUGCUGCUAUUCGUGAGCGUGAGCGUGCUGCUGCCACUGUAGCUUCUGGUCUCCCUCCCCACAGCACCUGGGGCACUGGUUCGCCAUCCAACGCUGCUGGUGGUAGCCCCUGGAAGCAGCCUGGCGGUAAGGCUGGUGGCGCUGCUGCAGCUCCCAAGAAGACCCUCGCCGAGAUCCAGCGCGAGGAAGAGCUGCGCAAGCAAAAAGCCAAGGAGGCUGCUGCUGCGGCCCAAGCCAACGCUGCUCAAGCCUCUGUUAUGGGGAAACGCUAUGCUGAUCUCGCUGGUAAGGGUACUGCUUCUCCCAGCCCUUCUUCUGCGGCUGCGGCUGCGGCAGCCCAAGCCAACCAGGGUGGUGCCUGGGCUACUGUUGGUCCCGGCGGCAAGGUCAAGAUUCCCACCGGUCCUGCUGCUCAGAACCGUGCUGCAAGUGUUGUCAACGCAAAGCCCACCCCUCCCCCGGCUGCUUCCAAGCCGGCCGCUAAGCCUGCUCAGACUUCACUCAAAGAUGCCAAGGCCCAGGCCAUGGAGGAGUUCAAGAAGUGGCUGCACCGCGAGCUCUCCCGCGGCCUUAUUGGGGUUGCCGACAUCGACCAGUUCGCGGCCACUCUGCUCGAGAUGCCUCUCGACUCAACCAUCCUGGCCGAGGCGGUUUACAGCUACAGCACCACCAUGGACGGGCGCCACUUCGCUGAGGAGUUUGUCCGCCGCAAGAAGCUCGCUGACAAGGGUAUUGUCGAAAAAGACCCUGUCAGCGCCAUCAGCACCCCAAACAAUAGUGGCUGGAACGAGGUGGCUAAGAAGGGAAACAGCAAUCAUAAUAAUGCGCUUAAGGAUGAGGUGCCCGGCUUUAGGGUCGUGAGCAAGAAGAAGGGAAAGAAAUAA